GCUGAAACUCAUUCGUCUGGAAGCCAAAGCGCACUAUCUUCCCUUGGCUGUAUGUGAGACAACCAACCCCGCUUCUGCUUCAAGCGACUGUACUCCCCCUGCACUGAACACAACGCAAGCUAUAGGACCUUGUCGAGAUGCCGUUCAUGUCCAAGAUUUCGACGUUCUCGUUUAGCCAGAACACAUUCUGGUCGGCCACGGGCUUUAUGCUGGUCAAAAACAUCCUGCUGCUCAUCAACUUCCUAUCGAUGCUGGCCGGCAUCAUCCUCAUCUGUGGCGGCUGCUACAUCCAGACCCAAGCGCCCUCAGACGAUCUGAUCGGCAUUUCAAGCGGAAUUGCCGUCGCAGCAAUCGUCAUCGGCCUCAUUGUCAGCGUGGUCUCAUUUCUGGGAUGCUUUGGCGCUGCCAACGAGAAGGGACUUCUCCUCAAAACCUACUUUGCCAUUCUCAUUCUACUCAUCAUCCUGGAGCUUGGCGUGGGAAUCGCUGGCUAUACCCAGCGCAACGGCGUUGUCCCACUGCUCGAAACAAACUGGUACCAGCAAGUACAAAACAACAACACGCUGAUCCUGACCGUGGAGAAGUCGUUUGGGUGCUGCGGAUUCCACAACGUCACCGACAGCCCCCUCCCCACCAACUGUGCCGCCGCUUAUGGCUACACCCAGGGAUGCUUCUCGAGUCUGCGGGAUGCUCUGCAGGGCUCUCUCUCGACCAUCGGUGGCGCGGGUAUCGUCAUUGGAGUCAUUGAGCUGGUUGGGCUCGUCUUCUCGGUGUUCUUGUUUAUUCGGAUUGCUGCCAAAGAGCAGGCCACCCGAGGCAUCAUGAACGACGCCUGGCGCAUUAACCGCAACAACAUCCAAUAUGGCUUCCAGAACUACCAGUACGUCUAGGUUGCAGAAGAGCCCACCGAAUCUCUGGCCCCGUAAUUGCCCUGGACUGAUCGACAUCCGGCCAGUCCGCCAAGAUCGCUGCUCAUCACCAGCAUUCUGCACUCAGAUCUGCACCCAGCCCCCAU